UCGAGAGUGCGAGGUGCGCGCGCCUGGUGCCGAGAGUAAAAAGCGGCCGUCUGGUAUGGCGAGAUGGCGAGUCUCUCUGGACGACGGUUUGUUCUCUGGGCGAUUUUCUGGAGCACGUCGACUCUGGCCGACUUGGAUUUCCCCAAAAAAGAUUUGAUAUACCGAUGGGCGAACGAGCUGGAUACGACCUUGGUGACGAGGUUAACUUCGAUAUCGGGCAUCGAGACGCUACGAAAUAGCUACGAGAAUGCCGACAAGUUGAGCCUUAUGGAAGUGAACGGCACGGAGCUGCUGCUGAAGAUGACCUUGGAGAUGGAGAAGAACUUGCAGCGCAAGAAAAACGCUCUCAAGCGUUUGGUGAAAAAGGCGGAGGAGGCAGUAGUGAAGCACAAGUAUGCGUCCGAUCUCACGCGGGACGAGGUGGGCGCCGUCCUGAUGAAAGAACUCACGGAAAGCGACGGCACGCUGCGCUACAGCGAAAAGUUUCACCGCUUCGUGAACGAGACUUACUCUGGCGUUCACGUCCCGCUGGAGAUCUUCGACGAAGACGCCGAGGUACUGAACGGACUCAAGUGGUCGCAGGCCUUGGACGCAGCCUUUCGACAGAAUGCCGAGAAGGACCCGGAUCUCCUGUGGCAGUACUUCGGAAGCAAAGUCGGGUACAUGCGGAUGUUCCCAGCAAAUCGUUGGAAGGUCGCCCCUGGAAAGCCCGACCUGUUCGACGUCCGAAUGAGACCUUGGUUUAUAGACGGUUCCAGUUCACCGAAGGAUGUCAUCGUAUUGAUGGACACGAGCGGAAGCAUGCACGGGCCAUCCAUGGAGAUCAUGAAGUUGUCUGUCAAGUCGGUGUUGAAGACUUUUGAAGAAAACGAUUUCGUCAAUGUGGCCUCGUUCGCGGGUGAAGUUCGAUGGGUAUCCUGUUUCGACACGCUUGUUCAAGCCAACAGGCGCAACAAAAGGAUACUCUCCAAGAGCAUUGAUCGGGUCACCGACGGUGGUACGGCCAGCCUGACCCAUGCACUCGACUUCGCCUUCCGCACGAUGGCUGAUUUCCAAGAGAACAAGACGGGCCACGCUGGUGCGGAGUGUAUUCAGAUGAUCAUGAUCUUCACGGAUGGAGGAACCGAGGACCCCACGCCUCUGAUAGAAAAGCUGAACGCUGAUCUCAAGAUUCGUAUCUUCACCUACGUGGUCGGUCCACACCCGAUACCGUACGCUACACUCAAGGCUCUCGCUUGCAAAAAUCGAGGUUACUUUACUGCCAUCACGUCGUUUGGUGCAAGCAGGUACAAAGUACAGGAAUACCUCAAGGUGCUCAGUCGGCCAAUGGUGCUCUCUGGGGACAAGCAAUUCACGUGGACAAACUUUUACCAAGACUCCGGGGGGAUAGGUCUGCUAACAACAGUCACACUGCCAGUCUACAACAAGACACAUGGAACGAAGGACCAAACCAUUGUAGGAGUGAUGGGCGUGGAUGUCUCACUCGAGGAACUGAAGGAUCAUGAACCCACGUACAAGAUUGGUCCUUCAGGCUAUUCAUUUAUGGUCAACCGAAACGGUUACGUCAUGUAUCAUCCCGACAUUAAGUUACAGUUGGGCUCUCUAGAAGAGCCCCUAGACAUAGAUUUUCUGGACGUUGAGAUCGAAAACUCUUUAAAAGAGAAGAUUCGCAGAAGAAUGAUCGACGGCCAUUCUGGGCACGAGACCGUGGUCAGUCUGAUGAGGAUGCCAGACGAGAAGCAUCUUGUGCCGCAUAACAUGGUCUACUACUACAGGCACAUGAACGACUCGGAAUUCGGCGUUGCUCUGGCGCUCCCAGAGAAGAGGAAGUUGUACGUGCGUGUGGAAGGGAUGCGCGCUGAUGACGGUUUCAAGCCAGAGACAGAGAAAGGGGAUGGUGUCCUUUUGGCUCCGUGGCGCUACUGCAAGAACAUCCCGCGCCCCAAGGGACUCACGGGCAACAUCAGCCAAGUCCUGGAAGCGUACCGGGCAGACCAUCGUCAGUGUGAUCCUCUACUCAUGCAGCGACUACUCUGGGACAUCGAGAACACGCGAGCUGUAGUCAGCAAUUGGACGAGCGAUGCUUUCGCUGAGGAAAGAGAUGGAAUAUUGGGGACUUUCGUUGGAACAGAAGGAGGACUCAUACGCUACCACCCUGAUGCGAUUGCGGAAUACCUGGAGCCAGAGGCAAAUCCUCAAAAAGCGUCGUACUUUAGGAGAGCACUCUACGCUGAAGACUUCGUCUUCCUCAUUAGUGACGUUAAACGAACAUAUGGACCCAACGCAACUCGAGAAAGCGUCAUUAUGGCAGCCAAAGCAGUCGACAUCUACAUUAAAAAGUCAGAGCUAACUCCAGCAGUCGUCGGUCUCAUCGUGGAAGAGCGCGUUAUCCACGCCUCCCUCAUGACAAUGUCUGCCAACGGAAGUUCAGGCGAGCACCUCCGUUGUGCUGACGAGGACUUUGUCGUCUGCUACCUUCUGGAUGAAGGAGGUUUCAUUCUCACCUCCAGCACGGACGACCACUCUGAAAAUGUCGGGAAGUUCAUGGGAGCAGUCGAUCCUGAACUGAUGGAUGACAUGCUGAAGAAAUCGGUCUACUUCAAGGUGGAAGAGCUGCAUACUGAAUCUCGGUGUCCCAGAAUGCGCCGAUACACAGCAGGUGCCCGAUCAUCUAUUCUGCCACUUGAAAGCCUUGUCAGAGCAUUCGACAUCAGCUGGAUCUUCGAAGCAUCGUCCUGGCAACUGAUCAAGAUGUGGCUAUACGCUUGGCUGCCCAGUUUGGGCGGUGGCGGUGGUUGGGGUGCAGAGUCGGCGUCACCGGAUCGCGCCCGCUACAUUCCGGACGAGUACCGCGUCUGCACCACCCGCGAGGCCCUGUACCACUUUGGAAACCGGAGCAGCUACUUCAUGAGCAGCCUGGACUGCGGGAACUGCUCCAGGCAGUACGGCGUGGGACGCGUGGGCUACACCAACGUGGUCCUGGUGAUAUCGACCGUGCCCUGCGCGCCCGUCUUCUGCGACCCGCCGCCGACGCCGCUACAGGCGCCAGUCGAAGUUGAAGACCCCGCACCAUGUGACCACCCACUGAGGUACAGACGUAGGCCCGACAAAUGCUACGCUGACCAUGACAAAGAGGAUUACCACGUGUGCGGCGGAAGCGCCCGGCUUGCAGCGUGUUCGACACUGCAGCUUCUGAUGUCGGCACUGGUGCUGGUGGCCCUGGCCAUUGUGACUAGACCGUAAGACUGUGGAUUUCACGGCCCAUGCCACAAUGUGGGCACGGCGCCGCGCCUCUAGCCGCUCAACGGCCAAUCAUUCCUUCGGAGAAGCGCCGCCUGGCAGUCGGCAACAAAGGACCAUCGACGGCCAUCGGCUUUCCUCUCGGCGAUUUGACGAGCAGCAUUCCACGCAGGAGGAGAGAACGGAAAGCAAUGCAUCGUGCACGCGUUGCUUUGGUGCAGUGGUGUUGUGUCCGACUUGCCGCAAGCGAUCGGCGGAAGUCAGUGCAGUGAAGAGUCGCUCGACUGACCAAGAACAAGAAAGAGACAGGCCUUCUCUCCCUUCCCGCCCUCCCCGUCCCCUCUCCCGAUGUGCACCGCGGUGACUGACGCUACCUGCGCGCGGCACAGCACGUGUGUUUAAAAGCCCUGACCCUACUGCCUGAGUUAGGCGACCAUGUCAUCCACCUUGCCUUGUCGGAGCGGUGAAUAAUCAACAAGGACACCGGUCACAGAUGACCUCAAGUUAACCUUAAGGCUGCAAACACAUCUGCAUGCACGCCUUGCUUGCUGUUCUGCGUAAGACGACAAAUAUAAAGUACUUAGGUUGAUUUUCCACACUUCGAGACGCGCGCAAAUCAUUGAGUUAAAUGUAAGGAUGACCUCGAUCAGACAAAGAUUCGGCACCCAAAAUUAAUUUUCGAGAUGUAGUAAAAGGAAAGAUAAAAUAUGUGAUACUCUUGCCACUCUUGCAUAAAAUGAUUCCAGAAACUGCACCUGAAGCCUCUGCCUGGCUACUUAAGAGAAUUCUAUCCAAUUGACCGACGCAUGGCGUGAAGCGAUAGCAAAAAAGGGCACGGCACUGAGGGUGACAUGGGCACCGCAACGGUGAAGAGAGCCUCCAAUGGAAGGCGCAUACCUUUGACAUAAACCGUCGUCCAGUGAGACCCACUAAGAAGAUGAAGCGAAGAGAGCGCAGCUGACAAGCUGCCCGUUAUGUCCGUCACGUCGCGCCGUCUGGUGGUGGUCGUCGGCGUGCAGUGUGUGGUUGUGUGUGUGUGUGUCUGUGAGGCUGUGCGCCUAUUGUGCUGGCCACCGCGUCAAGAGUUGCGCGUCCUUCCGUGGAAGCCGCGAGUGUGAUCAAAACUUGUCCAGUGAGAAAGUGGGAUGGAGCGCCCUACUCCGCCGUCGGCGACUGAAAGAAGACUCUGCAGAAUACGCAUUUUCAGGAUGAGUGUUGGGGCAUGCUCGCCGCUCUCUUUCACUCUCCGUGAAUGCUUUUUUUGCGUGCAAUCGCGUGCGAACACUUCUCGUUGAGUAGCGAUUAGUUAGCUCGUUGCUUCGUUUUCCUUUUUGGCUGGAAGCUGGGAGACGGACUUGUUUUAGUCUUGUUCGUUUUACAUUUGGUGUAGAGUAGCAGGUUUCUCACAUGGUUUGUGUAUGCGCGAGUGCGUUGGCGUACGCAUAGAGUUCAGUCUGACUGACUUGCCGUGUUUCGUGUUGUUAUAGAAGCGAAUCCGUAAAGCGUGUUUCUUUUAGCCUUGUAUGCCGCGGCAGCGUUCGCUUCUGCAAUGGUAUACGCUCGAAGAGACGCAUUGGGAAAUAAUCCUGACGGUUGUAUGUGGACAAGCAUUUACCUGCGUACGCGCCAUUAAGCUUUCAAACAUUCUAACGCGCUCCGCUCCGCUUGCGUAUGCGACGAGUGUUGCACAAGUAGGUUGCUUGACACCUCUAUUCCACCUCGAGCCACGUAAAAUCCUCCAGUCAAAUACGCAUGUGAAAACAAAAAAAGGAAAAAAAAACCUGAUGACCUACACUCGAGAAUUAACCACUUAGAAUAAUCCACAGCUGGCGCAUAUUUCAUAGUAACAUACAGACAGAAGGUAAGGUUAAAAUAAAGCAUUACAAACAACAUUUCGAAUCGGAUGUAUUCCGAAAUUUCUUGUCUAAAUCUGCCGUCGUCACAUCUUGCGAAAAUGCAUGAAAAGCAGUCUUAAAGAUGUAUUUUUGUUUUGUUUCUGUGCAUGAAUGUUAUAUGUAUGUGUGUGAACUGAAAAUCUAUGUUCUAGGAGAAAAAAAAAUGUCAUGCGCGCAAAACAAGAAUUUUUAUACGCACGCCAUUACCUUGAGAUUGCGCGCUAAGAACAUGCUACUAGCACAAUUAUGGUUGCUAGGACGAUGGGGAGGGAACGUACCGACCCCAAAGAGAGUUUUGCUCGCUCUUCAAAAGCGUGCAGCUAUCGUCACAAAAAAUUCCUUGCGGAUAAUUUUUUUAGGCAACUAUAAUAUACUGCCAUGUUAUGGCAAUGCACUGAAACAUACCUUGUAGGCUCCUUAAAUUAAUGAGUGAUUAUCAGCGUUGAAUUCAAAUUGCAGAAACAGAUCUUUCCAACAUAAGCGCUGCUCCGAAAAAAAGAAGGAAAAAAGAAACCUGGUACCAGAGAGGUUUUGGUGAAUUGUACGUCCCUCCCCAGCGCCCCACCAAAGCUUAGGAAUCUUUGACGCUUGCUAACGGAACAAUCACGCAGUUAACAUUUCCGUAUUUAGGCAAACUACUUUUGUUGCAGCUCUUACAAAGCGCCAAAUGGUCUAGUUUAUUAAAUCUGCAAGAAAAAGUCUGCUGGGAAAGCGGCAAACGCACAGCCGGGUCUCGGCUGUGUGUUUUCUUCAAAUAUUCUGAAAAACGUUCCAGAAUAGCGUGUAAGAAUUCUUCCUCUAAACACGCGAUUGCUGGCAACUGAUUUUCGCGAAUGCGCAUUUCAGUAACAAGGACUGCGCAACGCGCUUGCUAUAGGUCAAUGCGUUAUAACAUUCUAUUCGCUGAAUAUUCAUGCAUGUAAACUAUUUGCUGAAAAUUUGAUAAUUGUAUUGUCCCCUUUCACCCGAUAGCCAUUGGCUAUUGGAACAUCUUAAAAGUCUGAUCGCUGCGAAACCAGGUGUGCAGUUUGUGGUUAACUUUUACGUAAACCCCAAUUUUUUUUCACAGUACUUCACUACUGUGUGGAAGAGCUACACAUUAAUUUGAAUGUCAUACCUUCGGUUUAGGAAGUCAUUUUAAAAGUUCACAAAUAAUUUGUUGAGUAACAUGUAAACUUUCAUUCACACCUUACCGGGUUGGUCCCAAAAUCAAGCUGUUUUCUUAAAAUUUUCGGGAGCAAGUUGGUAUGGCGGGAACAAGUGAUAUAUGCAUUGAUAUGGCAGCAAGCUCUAGAUUCCUAAGCCAAAUUUUUGUUUGGAGAAAGAGUGUCAUUUUGUUGAUUACGUAAGGUAUCUGCUAAGGAAUAUGCUGCACCACCGCUUUGCAACAAAUGGCACUCCCCAUGUUUGAUAGUUCUGUUUAAGGUAACGUUUUGUUUCCUCACAUGGGAAGCUAGACAAGGGAAUUGAAAAAGGCACAUUCGAAAGCUUCUGUUAAGCAGUGCUACGACAGGUUAUAUUUAAAGCUUUCGUAACGAGCUACAGAUUUGAAGAAAGAUUGAUAAAGUUACUAGUAAGUAGCUGCCAAUAUUACGCAGAGUGAGUGCUUUAGUGGGUAUUUCUUCUUUAAAAACUCACAUGGUCUCACAACAGGAAAAAAAGAACUACAUCGUUUAUUGUAGAUAUAAACAACAGUCAGCUACUGUAAAUUGCUGCGCUAAAGGAGGGUGGUCGACGCUACUUGAAAUGUCAGGAGAUUCAUUCGCAUUCUACACAGUCGCCUGAAAUAUCACCCACGCAUAAAAGUGCUCACAAAAUUGGAAUGAGAGUACAGCACUUAUGCACAUAUUAUUAAAACCAAAUCACGCAUGCCAAAGCAGAUAUUUUUUUUUAUAGCGAUGAUGGCAAUUAACAAAAAAAUUUGCUGCUUUGCCUUUGCUGUCAAGUGCCACUAGAUACUAGCGAACGGCAUCAUAACGGUAGUAUCGCCAGUAUAAAAAAUGCUAAUAGGACGAGCUCAUUGCAUUGCUGAUUUAACCCCUUUAGUCAAGAGUCAUGAUAGGCCGUCAAUAAACGUGCCGUAGUUACUUAAUUCUAUUCCAAGGCGCUUGACACACCAUUGAAGGAUAGCCGAGGCUGUAGUAUGACGCUCUAGUCGUUUUAUAAUAAAUUUUUAUUAUGACAAAGCAAAUAAAUGCCUCGGCAAUGCGAAGCCAGUCAUGUUGCAUUUUCUUUUUCUUGUAAAAAUUGAAUUACGGGCUCGUUGUGUAUGCACAAGAUGUGCGGUAAGCAUUACGAAAAAAAAAGUUUUUUUUUCCUUUCGCCAUUGUUGAAGGAACACGGCACGUUGGACACGGUAGUGCCUUCAGCAAAUUUGGCCAUUUGCGUAGCCAUACGUAGCAUAUUGAAGUGAAUUGAAGACACAGAGAUUACGUAGGCGUAAAAUCCACCUAAAGCUUCCGGCCAGUGAUUUUUUUUUUAAUUUGUAUUGCCACAAUUUAAAAAAAAAAGAAACCUAGCAAAACAAGUCGGUGCACACCGCAAAUAUGCGCACCGCGACUUAAAGGAUUAAUGUUCAUACUAAUACAUCAGAAGAGCUACCUCACAUAGGUGGUGACCAAAACAUGGCGGCCAUUAGGUGUUUCCGGCUCAUGUAAUUGCUUCCGGCGCAUGCUGCUCGCAAAACCAUAGCCUUCGAGAUCUAUUUCUGUUACUCCGGAGAAACGGUCACCGGAUUCUGGGUUUGGACACCGUCUACUGUUGAAUAAGACUUCCGUGCAAUUUCUAGCUAACUGUGAAGAAUUGUGCGGUGUUCACGUAGACCUCCCGGAAAUACUAAUUCUUUAAAACAUGUGACGCCACAUUUAAAAAAAAAAAAAGAGUGGCACUGUGAAAAGGAUGAAACGAAAGCUUUAGAGAAAGGAAGAUGGUACUGUUAUUGAAAACGUAUAAUUGUUGAACAUUGACACUGCUAAUAGGCAUGGUUGCACAGCAGUGUUAUCCCCCCCCCCCCCCCUCCCUAAAGAACAGUGCAUAUAUAGCUUGCAGAGCAAUUGCUCUUCUUUCUGACAAUAAGAAUUGGAAUUCCUGGAUAACCUUAAGGAAUGAUUGCUUGCAACUCUCGCACACAAAAGGAAAGAAACACAGUGAUCUACAUUCCAGGACAGACACGUGGAUAUUUUUACGUAGUACCAAACAUUUUGAAAAGCGGUUGGCCAGCUGUGGGCGUUCCAUUUUCAGCCCCGCUUGCAAGCGCGUAGCUUCUUGUAGUAUCGCAUUUCCUUCAACAACAAAUGGAAUGCGAUUUUACACUCUUCAAAGCAAAUGAGAGUUAUAUAUAUAUAUAUACAUACAUACAAGUAUAUGAAAUAAUGUGUAUACCCAAUCUAUACUUGGUCUUGUGUGCACGCGCGUGUGUGUAGAUGUAUCGUACGCAUGAGAUGAGUGCAACUCUACAGGCUGCCAGUUGAUGUCCCGCGUUCGUGUAACACGCCACAAAGAACACGCGCAUACACCCACCUGCGACUCAGACCCGGCACACUUUGAACACAGCACAGACACACUUGUCAAACUCUUUCUCGGGCUUCCAGAACACUCCGGCAGAAACACACGAACACCUACCCCAACCUCCUCACUCCACUUAACGUGCAAGCCUACCGUGCAAGCCCCAGAGCUUAACGCCUUGACUUCCUUGCAGUUUCAGUUGUUCAUCAAAAAGAAAACGAGCCCAGCGUCAGUAGCAUCAAGCACAAAAAAGUAACAUAUGAAUGGAGCUUUAUUUUUUCUUGGUAUCUCUCUCAUUAAAAAAGAAAGAGACACGAACAAAUGCUAGAACUUCUAGAGCAUUAGUAACGUUUUAUAAAGCAUUACAACAAUUUCCAUGAGCUGCUUCAGUUUACCUUCCAUUUUAACCGUUUGUUUUAUCGCGAAGAGCUGCGAGUAAAUUUAAACACUAGUCAAAUUGUGAAUCAGAUGAAAAUUACGCGCAGAAGCACAAAUCGCUCUUCAUUUUGUUUUCACUGUUUCUUGGUGAAUUGUUUCUCGCCGUGCGAAAGACCUAAGAAACCAGCGCCUCCAAUCGAUGUUAAAUAGAGCUUUUUCGUUGUCAGGUGAUGCUCCUGCCCGCGCUUUAUUGAGGCUUGAGUGAUAACGACAGAUAAGACAACAUUAAGAAACUGACUGCUUUCUAUUGCGAAAUUACCCGGUGCGUGAAUUCAGCAACCAGGGCCAAGGCAAGUGCGGGAAUAUUUCAGCUACGCUUUCCCAAUGCUUUAAUCCCCUUCUCCCACGUAGUACACCACGAACACCAGAUAUACUGUCGAAGCAAAGUUUAAAAGUGUAUGUGGACCAUGAAAUCUUAUUUUUGGACAUGAUGGUCAAAGCUUAGGUUCUCAUUUUCGCGAACGUGUCAUCUUUUUUUUUUACUUAUAUAAAGCAAAUAUUUUCUAGGAGGGAGAAACAUCGUCGUCUAUCAAAUGACUAUGUAUACUCUAGCGUUAACAAACACUCUAAAAAAAGAUCGGCAAACAUUAAGUACGCUUGUCUGUCUAUUACGAGGAACAAACAGUUCAAGAGAAAACUUGAACCGCUUAACUCUUGUCGAAGUCAAGAUUUAGCAAUUAUCCAACAUUAAGGGUUAGGAAUUCGUGGCUGAGUGAAUGCUAUUCGCAAGAGAUGAUUCAGUUAACGGAACCUGCCAGUGGACUACUCGUAUUCUGGCUUCAAAAAAAAAAAAAAAAAUCAGGGCAAUAAUACCAGCCCUUGUUAAAUAACCUCUACCCGAAACUGAUGAGAAAGAAAAUCACUUUCGGGCACCAUGUCAAAUGUUACGUGCUAGGCUGAACAAAUGCACAAAUGUACGUAAAGAAGCCGCUAAAUAAAAGCACUAAAGAUGACGUUAUCUUGUAAACGCAUAUGUAAUCAAACAAAAAACAUCGCGACAAAAUUUGCGACGGUCAUUCGAGUAGCCAAGCCUUUUUGGCAGCAGUGAUACUGAGAUAGACAGCGAUGCGCCCUCGCUUAUAUUUUGUACAGCACAUAAACCUACGCUCAGGCUUUCUUGUUCAUUAGGUUCGGUUAAAGGGAAAGCUAUUUCAUUACGUGUAUAGUGAAGUCGGACGUUACUGUUGUGUCAGGGCAGGUUAGGUCAGUGAUUCCUCACUGAUGCGCCGAGCUAGAAUGGAUGUGCCGUUUUGACAUUCCAGAUUUUAAUCCUGUCGAGAGUGUGUCCGUUUCGUGCGUGUCCGUCGAUGUUUUCGUGCCACGUGGCCAUACCACCUCGUUCGCUUUUCACACGGGGUCCAGGGAGGCCAUUGCUGCUCUCGUUGCUUGCUAGUAAUGAGAACGAAAAGGUCUUGUAUACAAACCAUAACGUUUCAUUUUUAAUGUCGAAACGCGUCACCAGAGUCCUCUGUCAAGUGCUGCCUAUGCGUGAGGUGACAGUGAAAUACAAAGCGAAAUUUCCGAAGAUAACCAAAUGAACGACAAUGUGUCACGCACCCAAAAACUUCGACAGCUGGUAAUGAGGUAGCCUAGCAGUUACCUUUUUACGUACUUCUUUUUUUGAUUUCUCGGCCUUUACUAUGCUGUCAGCUCAUUUCGUGCAAGCACACUCUGCCAUAGUGUGAAAACCCACACCUCUCUAGGCGAAGCCGGGGUAUAUGUCAUGUACAGCUCCCAACACGUUCCGCCAUAACUGAAUACGCAAAUACACGCGCUCUUCAGCCAGUUUGUGCGUUGCCACGCCGCAUAAUUAUUUUUCGUUCUUCGGUCGUAAUCGUGAUACGCGAGCUAUGCCCCCAAAAAGCUAUAUUCCACUGGCUACAGUGAUUACCCACAUUACCCAGUCGUAACGGUGACUGUCACGUCUUGCCCGAUCGGUGGCCCAUUAAUGUAGAGCUCGAUGUUGUGCCCUUAGCAAACUUUCUUUUUUUUUUUCGCCUCUGAGUCAGCCAGUGUCGUGGCGAUGAGAUCGUACCCUUCAAAGCCGACUCUAGAGUCACGGGGAUGCCCCGUAUCUGCUGUAUUCGGGCCUCCGAAUGCGUGUACAUAGCGUUUAUUCUGUAUGUCCUUCCGAGUGUUUCAGCUUGGACGAUAUGAACAAAGCAAAGCACAAGACGUUUACUGUGAGAGGCAUCAACAAGAAUAACAAGGUAAAAAAAAAGAAAGAAAGAAAGGCCAACAUACCUCACCCUCCCUUCACAACAGUUACACAGGGGUGAACAGAUUUGCGCUUAUUGCCCGAGAAUAUAUAAUGGGCUUCAGCCUUGCGCUGAAUGUUCAUUGUGAAUAUGUUUGCUUUCCUGAAUGCUACAAGCUAAAGUAAGCCCCCAAGGUUGAAACAAAAUACUGAAAAAAAAAUGGAUGAAGGGUGCUAAGUCGUGAAGCUUGCCAAGCGGGGAGAAUUUUCUUGCGAACCUAUAGCGUGAAAAGUUACGGGUGCUCGCAUAAUCACUUGAGUUGUUUCAUUUUUAAUGGCUAUAUGCAUGGAUACUGAGUGUCUCCGUGAGGUUUCUUUAGUGGCUUGUUCCAGUGAACUCGCUGGCGCAGCAUUUCUUGCGCAUUUUCAUUGCCAGAACAGGUGCAUAAUUACGUAACACGGUUCCUCCUGAAUAAUACUUGCAGCAUUGACGUGUAAUAAAAAUAGAUUCUUGCACUAAAUUUUCAUUCUCAUGCUCCGUUAGGCGACUUCAUCUGACAAACUGAACACCGUGUAAUUGCAACUAUAAGAAACUAGGAUCGGCACUCCUGAAGUCCUUUUGUUGUUUCCAGUUUUGCUGACGCUGCUUAAAUGCGAAAACAUGAGUGAUUAGUUGUCCGCUGCAGACAAGGAGUGUUGUCAACGCAUCGUACGGCAAAAUGUGCGCACUUGGAUUGAUAAAUAUUUGUUGCUUUCCGACCUGAGAAAAUCAGAAACAUUGCAAGAAUUGGGGGAAAGCGUGGAGAAAAAUGUCACUCACACUGAGAUUGGACGCGUCGUGCUCGCUACAAAUGUAUCACGUUACAAACCCGUGGUGACGACGCUGUUUGUGCAUGUUGUCUAAUUCCUGAAAUGUUGCCCCCAAACUUUGAAUGUUAUUUUUUUUGGUUGUUCAAAAGCGGUGACAACACGUUUUUUCACUAAUGUAGAGUCUGUGAACUUUGUUGUUACGCAAAUGCGUUGUGUCGGUGCGAUGACGUUUUGCCUCGGCGAUUGCUCCUUUGAGUUGAAUGCCUUGAACCCCGAGUUAUGUGUUAUUGCGGAAUGGGGGAACAAUAAAAGAAGUUUAGAAAUGUC